AUGGAAGGCUGGUCUCGAGAUGCCAAGAUGGUCAAGACCGUAGAGGAAAGCGACAAACUGCGUCGGACAUAUCUCCGUUGGCAUUGGCGAGUGAUCAACUUCCUACCUCCAGUGCUCAUUCUCAUAAGCUUUUUGCUUUUCCCACUUGCGCUACGUGACUUCAGGACCACAACCUCGAGCAGCUUGGGUGUAGGCUUAGGAAUGUCCUUCGCGCUAGUCGCGAGUGGAUUUCUGCCUUUAAUCCUUCUCCCGUGGGCAGCGGCGAGAUCACGACUGUCACUACUGGGGAAUAGGCUCUCACUCGUUGCUGAUCUUUUCGGUGUGGUAAACAUCGGACUACACAUUGCUUAUGGCUUGAAGCUGAGUAACUUAUUGGUGACUGCGCUGGUCCUGGCAAUAGGUCAGGCAGUAUGCUUCGUGGCGGCUGGUAUCCUACUUGUCAUACAUAACCGACGACCAAAGACUGUGUUCACAAUUUCUCGGAACAAUGAUCCACUUCAACAGUUACAAUUUAAAGAUCGAAAGAUGGAGCAAGCCGCGGGGCCCAGCCUCGUCGACCCAAUCUUAUACCAGACAAGAAGAUAA